GUAUCAAGCUUAUGGAUGUACAACAAACGGGCCUCCUAUGUUCAAUAUACCUUACCUUAUUCAUAGUACAGCUUAUUAUUAUUAUUUUUUUUUGGCUGUGGAUAAAGCUGAGCAAUGGCAGACAGACAUCAUCGCGAGUCUGUCAUCCCGGUUGUGAAGUCGAAAGGGACGCCGCCGUCGGUAAUUUGUGUCGUAGUCGCGAUCGUCUUUUUGGUCAUUGGUGGCCUCGUUGGUAUAGCGAUUCAUAUCUUUACAUCAGUCCAAGGCCCAUCGACAGUGAUCUUCGAACCCGUACGCGACCACGGAGUAGAGGCAGCAUUGGUAGUGAUUCCAGGAGCAGAGAUCCGUGGUGAAGCAUACCUCUCUCUUACAGAUAGGAUCCAGCGUCAGUCUCCAUUAAGGCUGUGGGUCGCUCUGACGACAGACUACUUGGAGAAUAGGCCGUUCUUUCCAGAGAUAUCUCUCAAAAUAAACAAUUCCAUAGUCGAUCUUGUAAGAUCUGGUAUGCCGGCUAACACACCGAUGUUUUUUGCGGGCCAUUCCCUUGGAGGUGUGUUUUUGCAAAGUUAUGUCAACAGUAAUCCGUCUGCUGCACAAGGUUUGAUGUUAUGGGGUUCAUACCUAACCGGGGCUUCGGCUGAUCUGGCUGCAUUCCCAACCCCCAUCAUGCAUCUGAGUGGGGAUCUAGAUGGUCAAGUUAGGAUCACGAGAAUAGAAAAACCGUUCAGAGAAUUAGAAACACUGCUGACCGAGGACCCAGCAGCUCUCGCAACUAAACCAGUAAUUAUCAUGGAGGGAGUGAAUCACUUUCAGUUCGCUUCUGGAGAAGUUCCCCCAGAGGUUGUUGAGAGGGAUAUUUCCUCUGAGCUGACUGCUACUGAAGCCUGGUCAUUGUUGGCAGAGGUAAUAAGUGACUUCAUGUCGUAUAACAUGGAUUUGAACAAGGGCACAGCGUUUGAGAACUUAGAAGCUCGCCAUUUUGAAACAAAAUUGAAGAUGGCGCCACUUUCUACAUUCAAGGAUAUCGAAUGGAACGGGGAAGCUUCACCGUGGAUCACAGAUGCACAGGAACUUGUUGCUGCCUUCCCCAAGAACCUUACAACAUCAGUGACUAUCUACAACAUUGGAUAUACCGACCAACGUCCAUUUGAAAACUCUACGCCUUCUGUGGUUUUAGACGCCGAGGGAGUGGUCAACAUAACAACAACGUCAAAUGUCGAAUUUCCAUUUAACCCUGUCGACAUCUCGGCCUUCAUGAACUCAGCCAACGAGAUCGCUGGGAAGAUGAUAAAUCAGGAGGCAAUCAUGCGGAUUGUGAAAGGAGAUGGAUAUGGGGACAGCGCCACCUGUCGGGUGAUCAAUGAAGAAGCCUACCGCUCUGCUUAUAACGCCCUCCCAGAAAUAGUCCGAUCACGAUACGAUUCAAAAGGUAAUAAGAUGAUUUUCAGCGAUGAUGUGAACGCAACUAAUUUCUACGAAUGGGUCUAUUCCAACUACGUGACGUAUGAAACGCAAGGAAAUGGAUCACUCGAGGUGACUUCCACUUCACUCUACACAGAUGAGGAUUUUCCAAUGGUGAAUCUUGCAGGAAUGUAUUACUGCAAGCUCAUGUCACCUUACAGAGCCAUGGAGUGGAUGUAUGUUGAUUCACUGCGUCCAAACAUGACAUAAUAGUAGAUUGUAUUCUUUCUGAAACUGCUACAAACAGGUGCGUGGACAGAAAAAAAUCCAGGAUGAAAUAGAAUUACACGUUCAUGAACAUGUUCAUGAUUCUGCUUUUGUACUUGAUAUAUUUAUCUUUUUAUUUACUCCUUCCCACAGCCGAUCGCAUGUGGUGUGCCUCCUUUAUUUUACCAUCAUUUGAGAUAUCACUAAAUUUUUGUCAUUUUUCCUUAUUCAAGUUAAAUGAGAUAGGAAAUGCAAAUGAAAUGAGAAAUGAAAUCUUAAAAAGUGUUUACCAGAGAUAUAAAUAUGAAAACCGAUACGAGUCCUCAAAAUGGUCCAUUUUCAGUUCAAUUUUUUUUCUAAAAAAUAAUAGCUCGCGCAUCGCACUCGCAUUAUUCAUAUAGUCCUAAUGUUGUUGAAAUAAAACUAACAGCCAACAAUAUUUUUAAAAAGGGAAGAAAUUACAAAAUAAAUCAGAAUUGACAUUUUAAAGAGUGUGUAAAAGGGUAAUAAUCAUAGAAGCAGAUAAGAGUCCAUAAAAUUGUUCAUUUUCAGGUCACCAAAAAAAAAUCAGGUCGCACAUCGCAGUCGCAAUAUUGAUAUAGUCCUUCAUAGGUGAACGGCCAGAAGCCAAAAAGUGCCUUAUUUCUUAACUUUGAUCCCCCGGCUGGAUCAAAGCAAAAUCAUACAUCAAACUAAAGGAAAUGUUCAGAUUUUUUCGGAAUUGGGCAUUAAACAUGCCGUAAUGUGUAGUAUCACCGUGGAAACCAGCUUUGAAUAAGCCACGCCCAAUCAUUUAAAAUUUAUUGUAAAAUAUCAGAAGAGUUACACUCUUAUUUCAUUUAUUAACUCCAAAUUAAACCAAUAAGUUAAAAGGCCAAAUCCAGAUUCCUCCGCAAGUAUACACAAUAUUUAUCUUGCUUACAUUGCCGGAGUAAUGAAUAAAAUAAUGCUCUACUGAUAUCCAGGUCAUGUUCACACUUUAAUAAUAAAAAGUCCAGUGUGGCCAAGCACUUGGACCAAUGGAUCACUAAAUCGAUUCAAAACCUCAAUAAUUUAUUUGAGUUGCAAUCUCGAUUCCUUAACUCUAAAAAUAAGCCACGAUGUUAAAAACAGAAUCCAAGAUUCGACUAGCACCUGGAAAACACAUUGUUCUUUCGCUUUUAGUAUUUAUUAGAAUUGGCGUUCUUCGUACCAUCUUUUGCAUUAUGCAUUAUUGUUGUCAUCAACCAAGCUCCUUUUCAGAGGCCAAUCAAAAUGAAGGAAAUUGUUGACGUCAUCAAGAUUGCCAGUAAAAUCAAAGGGACUUGUGACGCCACGAUACGCACACGAUAUGUGUAUACAGUGGCCAACAAAGGAGCCUAGUGAUUAAUACGACAUUACACACAAGUCCUCACUUUUGCGUUUAAAGAUAAACUUGUCACCCAUCUACAA